CUCUCUCUCUCUCUCUCUCUCUCUCUCUCUCUAAGAAGUCGUCUCCGUCGUCUCCUCUCUCUCUCUGUCUCUCUAUCGGAAUCCGAUAGAUGUAGCUGCGACGUAGUACGGACGCGCCGCCAGAGAACGGGAACCGACGACAACCAUGGAGGAGGCCUUCUUCGAUCUGGCCGAUUUUCUCCGGAAGCCGUCCCUGACGGAGACAUUUGUCGACAUAUUGCUUUGCGCAGUCCCGAUUUGGCUCGCCGUCAUGAUCGGCCUCCUCAUUGGCUGGUCCUGGCGCCCCCGCUGGACCGGCCUCCUCUACCUCGGCCUCCGCAGCAAGUUCCGCUUCCUCCUCACCGCCGCUGCCCCCCCCGGCUUCGGGGCUCGACGGCUUUGGCUCGCCUUCACGGCCCUCUCUGCUUUCUCUGCCUGCCGGGCCAUCUGGUUCAACAUCAGGAAUAAAGGCAAGUCCGCCGCUUCCACCUCGCCCAAGAAUGCUGAGUCCGCGGAGAGAAGCGGCGAGCCUGCGAGGCUUGACACUCCAAAUGUUGGGAGAGAAUCGGAGGUUGUGACUGAAAAUGAUUUGGAGCACCUAUUGCAACUUUAUGAUGGGAAAGCUGGGGAGAUGGAAUGGCAGAGCAUGAUGGAGCGAACCACCCCUAACAUGGCAUACCAAGCUUGGCGCCAUGAACCUAAGUCUGGUCCCAUAAUUUAUCGCAGCAGAACUGUAUUUGAGGAUGCCAGUCCGGCAGUGGUCAGAGAUUUCUUUUGGGAUGAUGAAUUCCGUCCAAAAUGGGAUCCCAUGCUUGCAUACUUUAAAACGCUUGAGGAAUGCCCUCAUACAGGGACAACGAUUGUUCACUGGAUAAAAAAGUUCCCCUUUUUCUGCAGUGAUCGUGAAUACAUUAUUGGCCGAAGAAUAUGGGAGUCCGGGAAAAAGUAUUAUUGUGUUACUAAGGGUGUGCCAUAUCCAGCUAUACAGAAGCGUGAUAAGCCGAGGCGUGUGGAUCUCUAUUUUUCGAGCUGGGUCAUCAAGCCUGUGGAGUCUCGUAAAGGAGAGGGACAAAUAUCUGCAUGUGAGGUUACACUUGUACAUUAUGAGGACAUGGGGAUCCCCAAAGAUGUGGCGAAGCUGGGAGUCCGCCAUGGGAUGUGGGGGACAGUCAAGAAACUCCACUCCGGGAUGAGAGCUUACCAGAAUGCGAGAAAAUCAGAGUCUUCCCUAUCUAGGAGUGCUCUAAUGGCGAGAAUCACAACGAAGAUGCCCUUCUGUGAAAGCUCAGAUCCUUUGGAGCAGACGAACGAUGAAGAGGAAAAAGAUCAUGAGACAGAGAUUCAAAGAAGACAGGGAGAUAAAGGGAUUGAUUGGAAGUGGAUGGUUGUGGGCGGGACCAUGGCUCUUGUGCUCGGGAUUCAUUCGGGUGCAGUAGGGAAGGCUCUGUUACUUGGAGCCGGGCAAAGAAUUGCUCGGAGAUGAGAGGCUAUAGAUACUGAACGCAUAUGCGCAUGUUCCAAAUCUUUAUCUUUGUGAUUGUAUUAUUAUUUUUGCUACGCAGGACAGAGAAUCGGGUAUUAUUGAAUGAGAUAAUCUCAUAGAGAUUGAUAUAGUGUGGUCGAUUUAUGACCUUUUGUGCUCCUCA